AUGGCUGAGAUCUUCACGCUCAGUUUGGGUGACACCAAACAAUACUCAGCGACUCUGACUGCCACGCCAACUCUUACUGGAUCACGCAUUGUCUUUACCGACUCGCCCAGCCCCAACGACGGGGUCGAUGUCAUACUUUCAGAUGAACUGCGCGGGAAAGUCGAAAGCGCUCUGGACAGCGCCUGCGUCGACCUUGAUGAUGUAUGCUUUGAGAGUAUCAAAGACAUUCUCGUCAGCCCGAAUACCGAAUUGGAAACACGUCAAGUAGAAGAGCUGCUGUAUGGAGUAGGAGCAGCGGUUGCAGUCUUCUUUGCUUAUAUCAUACCGGUGACCUCCAACUCAUCGAAAGGUGUACCCGUAGCUCUCCACGCCCCUGCUCAUCAACUGGGACCAGCAGCUUCCGCAGCGCAAGCAUCCACGGUUGCUAUAGCCACUGCAUCUGACGCGCCAAUCAUUACAAUCACGCGGAAACCCGAUGCAACUCUAACCACAGCCACCGAUGCACCUCAUCAGACGAUGUUCACCAAUUCGGCAAACAACGGUUCCCCUGGCGACAUUGAAAUCUACAUCCCGGAGGCUCUUGGAAAGCGGAUGACAGAAUUGAUCGACAGAAGUCAGCAAUGUACUAUUGAUGACAAAUUCUCAUCAUCACGAAGAGCUCGUAGUCUGGACUUCAGUGAGCAGCUCACCGGAGUGAUUUGCUCCACUAAGCAAGUACUCCUCAAUGCCUCGCCAGGUGCCGCCUUCGAAGCUCUUGACUCAUUGGGAGCGAUGACAACCGAGAUUCCUACCUGGAUACAGCCAGAUGUGCAAGAAGCAAUGGAGUUUGUAAUGAAUAUGGCGAAAGAGAUGUCCGACCAGAUUAUGUUGUAUGCGCACGAAGCGACGCUUAUAGCACUGUUUGUCUUCAUGGUGAACUACCAACGGUCAGUUACUGGGAGCCCCAUAUCCCCGUCCAUUCGCAUCCCCGGUAGUGAGCUCAAGGAGAUGGUGAAAGUUUCACUGACGCCCUCGAUCACGUCAUUCACCCCGACAUCGUCGAUGACCUCUACUGUCAGUAGCUCGAGCUCAUCCAGCACGCAGGAAUGCUCGGCAUUUUGCAGCAUGAUCGGUCAGAUCAAGAGAUGCACAACACAAUGUCCGAAGAUGACCGAUUUGCCGACUGCCACACCAACUGAAUACGCUGUGAGAACGAUGACAGUGGAGCCAUGGAUAGUUCCGUACCAGCCGCAGAUCCCCAUCAAAGAUGUAUUCAGCUUCUGUAUGCCCAACGAGGACACCAAGUUCCCGGUUUCGGAGUUCAACGUCACUUACGCUGACUUCUGUGAGAAGGCCGAUGGCUCAACCGAAGACGUUACUUGGAUGGUCAACGCGAAGGGAGAACAGUCGCAGCUGAACCGUCGACGCUUUUGGAGACGAGACUCCUCGGACGAUUUUAGUGACUACAAGUUCGCCUUGUGGUGGAGACCCAAGACUGGAGACAACGCCACCGACUGUGAAUUCUCAUGUGAAGAAGCCUUCCAAGGACUGACGGAGAGAGAUUCGUGUUCAGUAGGCGAUGGCAAGAAGUUCUUGGCGGGAAGCGGAGGUAUCGACAUCGGUUGUGGCACAUACUCCUUCACCGCGCAUCAUCAAAUCGACUCCACAGUCAAGUGUCUGAACCACCCACUCGACGCACCAAAGAACGACAAGACCACCUCCGGAGGGGUAAGCGUCGAGUCAGCCAUCCGAACCUGGUGCAGCGACAACGACGGCCACCAAUUCAGUUCCAACGCCAAAUCCGACAACGUAUACUGGCGCUGGGGCAUCACCCAACUCGACGUACCCGACCGACGCUCAUUCUGGCUGCGCGCUAAGCCAAACGGCAACAACCAACAAGCUUCGUUUGUGAAAGACGAAUGCAUUGCCGCACUCACCAACGGCCUGAGCACCUGCGACCCCAACUCCGACAACACCCACGGCUUCACGGCUACCGUCGGCACCAUCGACUACAGCCUCGACCUCAGCGGCGUCACGCAGCUCGACAACCCUCCCUGGAACGAACACCCAGCUUUUCCCGCACCAGAAUUUCUGACCGCCAAGGACAGCACUAAACCCCACACAACCCAAUGUUGGGAUCCGAAAACAACCUUUACCAACCGUAAAAUCGCCCCAGAUGACAUCGAAAAGGCGAUCAGCGCAUGGUGUAAAGAUGGCACCACGAUCGACGGAUUCGGAAACAAUGCCGAUGGCUUCAUGUAUCCGCCAGAAGGCGAGACGCCUUUCUACCCGAACGAUCAUACGCCCAUGCAUAUGCGUAUGAAUGUGGCGACGGUGGAGACAGGGGAGAAGGAACCAUAUGGGGAUAUGGAGUGGUGCGAGUAA